AAAAAUUAAUUUUUUGUUUAUCGUGGAAAGUUUGGUUGAUUAUUCCGAAGUUUCUUGUUCUUUUAACUUUUGUAAUUUUAAGGAUUAUUAAAUUGGAUAAUGGUGUAUUCAGUUCUUUAAGUAUCAAUAUUGUGAAUACUUCAAGACUUGGUUAUUAUGGCUGUUAAAACUUACGGCGAUAAACCUUUGAGUUUUCAGUUGGAAGAAAAUGGCGAAUUUUAUUGCAUCGGUUCCGAGGUUGGAAAUUACCUUCGCCUCUUUCGAGGAUCCUUGUAUAAACGGUACCCUGGCAUGUACCGGCGGACAAUCACCAAUGAAGAAAGAAAAAAGUUGAUCGAUUUAGGUAUUAGUCCACAUUGCUUAGCAUCUAGUGUUUCUCUUUUACGAGCAUCUGAAAUUGAAGAUAUCAUCGAGGGUAAUGAUGAAAAAUACAAAUCAGUGUCCGUUCAUUCUUCUGAACCAUUUGUACCGAGAGAAAGCAAGAAUAAGAAGUCGAUGACAUGGGUUCCAUCUAUACCGAAUAGUUCACAUCUGGACGCUGUUCCUCAAGCGACACCCAUCAAUAGAAAUAGAGUUAAUCAGAAGAAAGUUCGAACGUUUCCUUUAUGUUACGACGAUACUGAUCCAAUGGUGGUGUUUGAAAAUUCUUCGCAACCAGAAGUUUUAGUACCAAUCAGAUUGGAUAUGGAAGUAGAAGGUCAAAAAUUAAGAGACACAUUUACGUGGAAUAAAAAUGAAACAAUUAUAACGCCGGAACAAUUCGCCGAAGUUUUAUGCGAUGAUUUGGAUUUAAACCCAACUACCUUCGUUCCAGCUAUAGCACAAGCGAUACGUCAACAAAUAGAUGCAUUCCCUACGGAUAACAUUUUGGACGAACAAUUUGAUCAAAGAGUGAUCAUCAAGUUAAAUAUCCAUGUCGGAAAUACAUCUUUAGUAGAUCAAGUUGAAUGGGACAUGAGUGAAAAAGAGAAUUCACCUGAAAAAUUUGCUAUGAAGUUAUGCGCUGAGUUAGGAUUAGGCGGAGAAUUUGUAACUGCAAUCGCAUACUCAAUUAGAGGACAGCUUAGCUGGCAUCAAAGAACUUACGCAUUCAGUGAAGCGCCUUUACCUACUGUUGAAAGUCCGUUUAGACCACCGUCAGAUUCUGACCAAUGGUGUCCAUUCUUGGAGACGUUAACUGAUGCUGAAAUGGAAAAGAAAAUUCGAGAUCAAGAUCGUAAUACGAGGCGAAUGCGACGGUUGGCUAAUACAACUCCGGGGUGGUAAUCUUGUUGUUAUGGUUUCGCAUUUAUUUAAGAAAUUUUUAAAAAUGCUUAUCAUGUUUCUAAGUAUAAGUAUUUUAUAAGUAUUAACUGUAGUGAAAUGUGAAUUACAAUUUUUUCAUUUUUAAAAA